UCACCGUCUGGGUAUCAAACCUGAAUAACCAGGAGAGACGUACCCUCCCCGGGCAGACUGUUUCCCUCCUGCCCACGCUGCAGGUUUUUCAGGUCCUUGCUUGAGCGUGCAUUCACGGGGCGUAAACAAAAGUGCUAUCAGCAGCUUGCGUCAGCCAGCCAAGCUAUUUAAGCAGGCAGGCAUCAGCAAACGCAGCUUCCAAAUCCAGGGCUCCCCUUGGCCACUUGCACCCGCGCCAGGACCAUGUCAGCGGAGACGGCGAGCGGCCCCACGGAGGACCAGGUGGAGAUCCUGGAGUACAACUUCAACAAGGUCAACAAGCACCCGGACCCCACCACGCUGUGCCUCAUCGCGGCCGAGGCCGGCCUUUCGGAGGAGGAGACCCAGAAAUGGUUUAAACAGCGCCUGGCCCAGUGGCGGCAGUCGGAAGGCCUGCCCUCAGAGUGCAGAUCUGUCACAGACUAAGGAGGCCCCGCACCAGCAGCUCCCCUCCGUGAGGUCCGUCUGCUGAUUCUCCUCAACUUCACCACGCCGAUUCAACUUUUCAGUGUAAUGAUGUAUGUUCCAUUGUUAGCUGUCCUGGAUUUAACACAGUGUUGUGUUUUUUUUAGCUGUAUAUAACUAGAAAAUAACAACCGGAAGCUAACCUCAACUUCCAUAUAAAGCAGUGGCUUGGCUGGGAACUCAGUGUGGCUUGGUUUCCCUCUGGGUUGGAAUGACAGAUGGUGUGAAAGCCAUCUAAGUUUGCUUUGGACCCUCACCUCCCAAUGACAAUUUGCUUUUACCAUCCAUUUCAAAACAAGCAAGGCCUCUGUUGAAAAGAUAACAUGAUGGAGCAGGGAAGGCAUUUCCUUCUGAAUCUCCUUACCUAAGUUUUUCUCCUUAUGUUUCAUUUUGAUACAUUUUUGGUUGGGUGAGAAUACAGAGGUGUAUUUGAGUCAUUCAGAUUUUAUAAAACAGUUCCUUGGCAUAUAGCUGCAUUAAUUGGGAAAGAACCCCGAUGGAUUAGAAGAGACGUCAACCAAAAUGCAACUCCAGAGAUUCAAAAAGUCUUGAAUUUACCUUAUUUAAUGCAUUUGUUAAAUUUAUUUUGCUAAAUAAAAUGAACUGCUUUUUGUCUCCGAAAUGGUAUUCUAAAUAAAACCUUAACUUUUUGUUGAAAA